AUGGGUAUUGACUACUACAAGGUGCUCGGUGUGUCGAGGGACGCCUCGCCAAGCGAUAUUAAGAAGGCGUAUCAUCAACUUGCGUUGAAGUACCAUCCAGACAAAGCCAGUGGGAAUCGGGAGGAGGCGGAGCGGCUGUUCAAAGAAGUGGCUGAGGCGUAUGAUGUGUUGAGCGACGAAAAGAAGAAAAAAAUUUAUGACUCUUACGGUGAAGAGGGUCUUAAGGGCGGGGUGCCCGAUGGCAGUAGUGGCGGCCCUGGAGGUGCUGGAUUCCAUGGCUUUUCCUCUGGUGGUGGGACGUAUAACUUUUCGAAUAGGGACGCAUUUAAAGUGUUUGAGUCUUUUUUCGGGAGCAAUGAUCCAUUUGCUGGAGGUGACAUGUUUGGUGGAGGUCCCGGACUACAUCGUGUGUUUCGCGGAUUUGGCGGACCGCACGGCUUUAUGUCGGGUUUUGGCUCUCCGGAGAUGUCGCCCGCGCACGAGGUUCCGCCGCUUGAGUACACUUUUUCGUGCACGCUGGAGGAGAUUUACUCGGGCUGCACGAAGAAGUUCAACGUUUUGCGACCGCUGCCCACAGGGGAGGAGAAGAAGUUGUUUGAGGUGGCUGUACUUCCAGGAUAUAAGAAGGGUACAAAGGUGCGUUUCGUUGGCGAGGGUGGCAUUGUUCAGGGCUAUCCGCCGAAUGUCAUGGCAGACUUGGUGUUUGUGCUCGAUGAAAAGCCGCAUCCGCGGUUCAAGCGGGAUGGCGCGGACGUUCUCACAACUGUCCAGAUUAACUUGAAGCAAGCUUUACUGGGAACGACAAUCAGUGUGCUCUGCCUUGAUGGGACUACUCAAUCGCUUCCGUUGACUGGGGUGAGCAAAAACGGUCGAAAGCUCCGUGUAAGUGGGAAGGGACUCCCCAAUCGCAAGACGAAGCAAAAUGGUGACAUGUAUGUUACCAUUGAGGUGGUCAUGCCUACGUCACUGAAUGAGGCUACGAAGCGAUUGGUUGAAAAAUGUGAAUUUUAG